GACGAUUCAUGCUCGUCGAAACGAGCCUCCCUUCCCUCCUUCAUUGCAUAUGACUAUAUGAUACAAGCUUUAUGAACAUUGUUCCAACAGAAUUUACUCCCCUCACGCUCGCAAUCUUCUCAGGUUUAGCUCCGAUCUUAUCAAAGCUCAACCAAGCCGACCAUUUCUCAAUUAAGAGGCAUCACCUAUUAUAAGCUCAUGACUAUAAUUUAUCGGUUAGCGGUAACACUCGGUCACAUCCAUCCAUCAGCUCUCCCUUGAUUCUUGGCGUGCGUCAGUGAACGUGGAAGAGCGUCAGAUUCAUUUAUAGCUCACGCUCUCUCUCUGUGUCUCUCCUAGGUGUGCUGCGAUCAACUUGAGUUCCGAUCAUGGGGAAUUGUCAGGCGGCGGAGGCGGCGACGGUUGUGAUUCAGCAUCCUGGGAAUAAGAUCGAGAGGAUUUAUUGGUCGGUGAGCGCUCACCAGGUGAUGAACUCCAAUCCUGGUCACUACGUUGCUCUCGUUGUUACUUCGCCCACUCUCAAGUCCGAGAAUGGCGCGCCAUUGAAGCAGCUCAAACUUCUCCGACCCGACGAUACUCUGCUUAUGGGCCAGGUUUAUCGCUUGAUCAGUUUUGAAGAUGUAUUAAAGGAGCUGUCUGCAAAAAAAUGCGUUAAACUCGGGAAACUGCUGAAGGACAGAGGCGGUCUUGGCGUUCACAUCAAACACAGGGACUCCAGAGCACCAAAUCCGAGUCCGAGUUCGAGACCCGAUUUUGCUCCCUUGAAGGUGGAACAGGAGAUUCACCGAAUGGGAAGCAAUGGCAGUGGUAGCAGCAGUCACAAAGUUGUGGGAAGACAACAUGGUGGUGGUGGGGGGCAAUGGAGGCCAGCCUUACAGAGCAUUGCAGAAGUUGGAACUUGAACGCACUAUUCGGCCCUCAACAAAUUACAAGCCGCAAACCAACCUUUCUUUUCACUCUUUCCAAUACCAUCAUACAGUAAUAUGCGUCCUUAAUUCUUAGAAUUUUCCUGAUAUAAUAGGGUGGUUUAUGAUGUAGCUUUCUUUGGAAUGACACGUUUACUUCUUAGCUUUACAUAUCAGCCCCUAACGGCCUAACCCAAUUAGUGUCGUACGUGUAAUAGCAAUUACCUUUCCGUCUGUGAAAUAUUGUCGUUGUUCUCUUUUGUUGAAGUGUAGAAGUUUGCUUGGUAAUUUGAUAGUGAACUGGUUCUUGGAACGUGGA